GACUCGAGCUGCCUUUGGAGGCGUUGGUUUCUGUUUCUGUCUAUCUUACGCACUAUCUCCGCCCUCAAGGGAGAGACUUCUCCGUUUACCGAGCACCUUUUUUCACGCACUGCCGUUAAAUCAGGAUUAGGUGUGACGGACUGCACGAGCUCAAAGGACACAGCGUCAAUUUAGACCCCGGAUCCCCCCUCUCUUCUUCGUUAUGAAUCUCUGGAUUAUGGGGACGUCGUUAUGCCACACAGGGUGAACUACAGACGCUUUCCAAGAUUAAAUCACCCGAGCUAGAAGCAAGGAGCACGUCAAAAUAUGUGCAUCAAUCAGAUGUUGUUCAGAUACUGCUGCACAUCAUCGGGAUUUCGCCUGUAAAUGCCUCUGGGAUGUUUAUUUAUUUUUAAUGCUUUGUGGUGUUAGUGCGCGCAAUGUGCAGUGGGUUUGCGUGCUGCUCGGAGUUGGCAUAGCCCACAGGCAUCACCUUGGUGAUUAUCGUCAUUUUAAUAUCGGUAAUCGGCGUGAUUCGUGUGCAGCGUGCAGUAGUUGCGGCCACGCAGAGCCCGUAUUGUGUCGUUGAUCUCUGUAGAGUGUUUUAAAUGUAAAAUACAAGUGAUAAAUGAUAAACUAAUUGGCUGUGUGCAUCGUUACACCAAACGCGCCAGUAGGAGUUCGCAUCAUUCCCACAUCAUAAAAGCGACGCAGCGGUUGCCUGAAGUCACAUUUGCCCAGAACAAACAACUAAGAUGACAAAAACCAUUCUCAGGAGAGAUUGUCUUUAUUACAGAGGAAGCUCCAUUGGGAUCACAUCUCAGUUCCUGGAUUGCAAUAGAGUUGGAGGACAGGGAGCAGAGGAAGAAGAGAGGGAGGAGAAGCAGAGGAGAGCUGCUGAGCUGCACAACAGAGCCACUGCUGAUAGGAAAGCUUUGGCUUCAGUGAUGGACUGAGCUGAAGGUGACGGGACCCCCCCCCUGUGACAGCCAGCUUCACGCUUUUCCUCAAGAGCCUUCACAUUUGACUCAAAGGCAUGUAUGGACAUACUGCAGCAUAGGUGAGAACAGGAGUUGCCCACGUUGAACACAUCAAUAUUGGCCUAAUGAUUGAAACACAACUCUCUCUCACAGAGGACAACACUGGCCUUUCAUUUGGAAACUGUCUCUCAGGUCUGCACAAACUGAUUCUACCUUUGUCCCAAAAAGCAAGUACACCUGGAACCUCAGCCCCUUCCCAAGUGCCCUGGAAACCCACCGGAGUCUGUCUGCUGCCACAGAUGUAAUUAAGCUGUAAAGAUUUCAUCACAAGGAAGUCCUGAUUUUUUGGCUGCAUGGACACAUCUUCAAAGACGUGGCUGCCGCAUCAGAGUCAGUUUGGGUUGGUUGGUCAAGCGGAGGUUUGCUGUGGCGGACCUGGAGUUUUAACCCCAAACCAAUCCCGCAGGGCAAGUUUUGCCUCUGUAAGACAGUCAAGCAUGGAGACCCCUCCCAAUGCCACCCCUCAGCCCUUCAGACAGCCGAGUUUUCUCAAUCGAAGGCUGAAGGGCUCCAUCAAGAGGGCGAAAAGCCAACCCAAACUGGACCGGACCAGCAGCUUCAGACAAAUGAUUUUGCCCCGGUUUCGAAGUGCUGACCAAGAGAGGACACGCUUGAUGCAGAGCUUCAAAGAAUCCCACUCCCAUGAAUCCCUACUUUCUCCUAGCAGUGCUGCGGAGGCUUUGGACCUAGUUUUGGACGAAGAUGCCAUAAUCAAACCUGUCCACUCUAGCAUUUUAGGACAAGAGUACUGCUUUGAGGUAACCACCAAUUCAGGGACAAAAUGUUUUGCCUGUCGUUCAGCUUCAGAAAGGGACAAGUGGAUUGAAAAUCUGCAACGAGCGGUCAAACCUAACAAGAACUCCUCGUUCCACUUCCAGGACAACAGCAGACGGGUGGACAAUGUGCUCAAGUUGUGGAUCAUCGAAGCUCGAGACCUUCCGGCUAAGAAACGCUACUAUUGUGAGCUGUGUCUGGAUGACAUGCUGUAUGCACGCACCACCAGCAAACCCCGGACUGACACCGUCUUCUGGGGCGAGCAUUUUGAAUUUAACAAUUUGCCUACCAUCCGUAGCCUUCGUUUGCACCUCUACAAGGAAACUGAUAAAAAAAGACGCAAGGAGAAAAGCACAUAUCUUGGCCUUGUCAGCAUCCCCAUCUCCAGCAUCACGGGCCGGCAGUUUGUGGAGCAGUGGUACCCGGUGAUACAGUCCAGUGUCUUGGCCAAAAGCGGUGGUGUUGGAAGUGCCAAAGUGAUCAACGCCUCGCUACGUGUUAAGUCUCGCUACCAGACAAUGAACAUCCUCCCGAUGGAGCUGUACAAGGAGUUUGCUGAGUACAUCACCAACAACUACCGAACACUGUGUGCAGUUCUGGAGCCUCUGUUGAGUGUGAAAAGCAAAGAGGAGGUGGCGUUCGCUCUGGUGCACAUCCUGCAAAGCACAGGGAAGACAAAGGAGUUCCUGUCUGACAUGGCGAUGUGUGAGGUGGAUCGGUUCAUGGACCGUGAGCACUUGAUCUUUCGUGAGAACACGCUAGCUACGAAGGCUGUGGAAGAGUACCUCAAACUGAUAGGUCACAGAUACCUCAAGGAUGCUAUAGGUGACUUCAUUCGAGCCUUAUAUGAGUCUGAGGAGAACUGUGAGGUGGAUCCCAUGCGUGUCCCACCGUCUGUCCUUGCCGACCAUCAAGCCAACCUUCGAAUGUGUUGUGAGCUGUUGCUCUGCAAGAUCAUCAACUCCCUCUGCAUAUUUCCUCGGGAGCUGAAGGAAGUUUUCGCCUCGUGGAGAGCAAGAUGUGCUGAGCGUGGAAGAGAGGAUCUCGCCGACAGCCUCAUCAGCUCCUCCUUGUUUCUUCGCUUCAUGUGCCCGGCCAUCAUGUCCCCCUCCCUGUUCAACCUAAUGCAGGAGUACCCUGCUGAGCGCACGUCCCGCACACUCACGCUCAUAGCUAAGGUGAUGCAGAACCUGGCCAGCUUCAGCAAAUUCGGACCUAAGGAGGAAUACAUGUAUUUCAUGAAUGAGUUCCUGGAGAUGGAGUGGGGCUCCAUGCAGCAGUUCCUCUAUGAGAUUUCCAACAUGGACGCUGGAGGAAACGCCGGAGGGUUUGAGGGCUACAUUGACCUUGGCAGAGAAUUGUCCAUGCUCCACAGCUUACUGUGGGAAGUCAUGGGCCAGCUUAGCAAGGAUGCUAUUCUCAAACUUGGACCCCUACCACGGCUGCUGAAUGAUAUCAGCGUCGCCUUGAGGAACCCGCAGCUCCACAUGCCUACAAAUCACCAGCCUGACCGACCGAAGGACAGACUCUUCUCGCGGCCAUCUUUCAAUCGUCUCAUGUCCUCUGACUUCCAAAGCCUUAUGAUGCGCGACUUAAACAGUUCAAUAGACAUCUCUCGGCUGCCGUCCCCGACGACCGGAGUCUCAGCUGUAGAAUCCCUCUCAUCUAAUCUGAACAUGAGGCGUCAGGCAGAACGAGACCUCCGCUCGUCGAGGGAGGUGUUCUAUGUGACCCGCCCGCCGCUGGCUCGAUCUAGCCCUGCAUACUGCACGAGCAGCUCGGACAUCACUGAACCUGAUCCAAAGGUCCAUAGUGUGAAUAAAAGUGUGUCCAUGAUGGACCUUCAGGAUUCCCGUAUGAACAGCAUUUCCAACCUAAACUCUGUGGGAGACAUGCUCACCUCCUCUCAAGCCUCAAUCGCCGGUCUGGGCCACAGCUUCGGAAACCUCUGCGGUCCUCUUCGUAUGGGAGGGCAUAUGCCAGCGGGCUCUUCAGGCUCGGGUUUGAGGCUGAGCCAGAUGGGCCACAUAGGGGGGCCCACUGAAUCCAUCUCUCAACAGCAGCAGCAGGCAGCAGCGGCCAUGCAUUUCCCCCUCUCUUUCCAAAACCCGCUAUUCCAUCUGGCUGCCCAGAACUCCCCGGCUCAGUCUCAGUCUCAACAGCAUCCCCCUCCUCUCCUCCUCGCCCCCGAGCCCGAGAAUGGCCACCACGACUAUGCACCGGCUUUUGGCAACAGUGCUUUCUCCCGCAGCGAGGACUUGUCCGCCCUGCGGUCACAAAGCAGUCUGGUGCAGCCUAGCAUUGUCCACUCACACAGCUACAGUGAUGAUUUCACCCGGCAGAAUCAGAGCAAUGACUUUGCCUGGCACCAGCUGUCACUGCAGGUGCAGGAGUCUCUUCAGCAGCAGCACCUGAUGGGAGUCGUUUCUCAGUCAGGCACUGGGACGGGUACACCCGCCUCCUUGGCCACACCACCGACUACAGUUCACCCUGUCCGCCAGUCAUCCAUUGCUCCGGGAGCACACCUCAAGUCACAGCGGUCCAUCAAUACUCCAGCCACCGCCACACCUCCAAAAGUUCGCCCGCAGAGCAGGAACCUCCUCCUCGACUCCUCUGACACAAACUUCAGCGGCAGUCAGCCGAAAUUGCGCCAUUCUCAGCAGCAGUCGCAACAGCAAAAUCAACAGCAGCAACAGCAGACGCAGCAGCAACCACAGGAAACACAGCUGUCGGUGACGGACAGUCCGGCUCCUGGACUCCCCUACCAGACGAGCUCCGCCAAAGAGAACCAGGGCCCACAAGCAGCUGCUGAGGAGUCAACAGACACGCCCACGAAAAACACCAAGAAGUCUCAACAGACACAACUGCAGCCGCCACAGCAGCAUCUGCUCAAACCAGGCAAUAAACAGGGUUCUCAGUCGACCUUGAACACCCCGGCCCUCAAUGAACGGACCGUCGCCUGGGUGUCCAACAUGCCACAUCUCUCCGCUGACAUCGAGAGCCUGCGGCCGGAUCGGGAGGGUCAGCUGAAAGAGUACUCCAAGAGCAUGGAUGAGUCACGACUAGAGAGGGUUAAAGAGUACGAAGAAGAGAUACAUUCCUUGAAAGAGCGGCUGAAGAUGUCUCAUCGCAAGCUUGAAGAAUACGAGCAGAGACUUCUGACGCAGGAGCAGCAGACAAACAAGAUCUUGAUGCAGUAUCAGAACCGCCUGGAAGACAGCGAGCGCCGUCUAAAGCAGCAGCAAGUGGAGAAGGACUCUCAAAUCAAAGGCAUCAUCAACAGACUCAUGGCUGUGGAAGAUGAGCUGAGAGGGGGUGCCAUUCCUGAUAUUAAGCCUCGAAUCCUCACAGACCAGUCUAUCAACCAGGGCUAUGGAUCCUGACUGCCACUUUCGAGCUGACCAGAGGUCAUGAUGGUCACUCGAGUGUAAGAAGAUUCUGAUCUACAAAAACCCAUGAAGAAAAGCACUGCAGUGGAUCCAGCAGGACCACUGGAGGCUUCAUCUCAAUGUUCUCAAAACAAAACUUUGCACAUAUACAAACUUUGCCUGUACCAGAACAUGACAAUCAGUUAAGCGUGAGGACCAACGUGUGCAGCCAAUCAUCUGCACAUUCUGACUGAAAUAUAAGCCAAUGCCACAACAAUGGCAAUACUGAACCCAAUGAGUUUCUUUAUUUAAUCGGAACACGUGAGAAGAGAUGCGUAAAACACUGGGGAUGAAGACGGAUUCAUGAUUUCCCCCGCUACAAGCAGCACACCCACUUCUCACUUAAGUGGCUGCAAACAAAAUCUAGAAAAGGCUUUUACAAGCACAAUAUCCCCUCAUGGUGACGCCUGUGACAAGCAACAAGCAUGUUGUUAAAUCAGUUGCCAUCUAUGAUCCUCGGAUGCAGGGCCCAAGCAAAGACCUAUAUUACUAUCUGAUUCUGAAUCAAUCAUUUAGUAACAUAUUCUCACUGCAAAGGUGGUUAUCAUUAUGAUUUUUGCAUCCUUUAUAGUACAGCCAUCCCAUCUGCAUAGAUGCCAAAUGAAUCUUACAAUCAACUAACUGCUUUAAAUACAAUCGAAACCUAACUGUUGGUUACAGUUUCCUUCGGCACACAUUGUAAAACCAGAACAACAGUCUCUUGACUUUCAUUGUAUAGAAGAAGUAUUUCUUAAAGCGACUAAGCCUUUUGAAUAAUGGAAAUACUUCACAAAAAUAAUCUGACAUUAUAAUGUGUUUUGUUCACUUUGUAAUAAUAAUAUUAAUCAUAAUAAAGAAUAUAUAAGACAUUUCAAAACAGUGAUACAAAGUGCUUCAUAAAAGACCUGACAUGAAAGAGACGUGUGAAAAUUUAGGAAAAUGUUCAACUUAAAGGGGCACUCCACUGAUUUUACAGCACAGCCUGUGAAAACGAUUCCUUAGAGGGUUUUAUUGGCUCUGGAGGAGAAGUCUAAGAUGAUAAUAUCUCUGCUUGGGCGGAGAGACUCCAAAUCCAAAUGAUAUCCGAUCCAAGGGCCUUUGCAUUGUCAUGGACGGAUGUCCUCCAUUUCUAAAUCACUUUAGACAUCGGUAUGUUUGCUAGCUACUGCUACUACUUGUGGUUUUGGUAGAUUUUUUUUUUCUUCUUAGGAAUAUGGCAACACUGUACGGAUACAAGCCUAAUGCCCUACAGAUGUGUUCUGGCCAAUCUGAUUACAUUCCGACCAUGCGCUUUUAAACCUGGCACUUACAUCUGUUUUGCCAAAUACAGGUAGAGAUUGCAUGUUGAUUCAAGCUGUAAAUGGGGUCAAAGAUUGCCGAUAUUUAGCCUUAGCUACUUAGAUUUUUACCAUUCCUUUUAGGACACGAAAACGAUCCAAUGAAAACGGAACUGUUUCUCAUUUUCGUUUUGCAAAAAGUUCCGCCUUCAGACAACAACGUUUUUAUAACAAUGGCUGUGCACACGGAUCCGCAAAAAUGACCAAAAACGCUGUAGUAUACAUGCCAGGCCAGCAGUUGGCAGUGUGACGUAAUGAAACAACAUGCGCCCAAGCACAUGCACUUCCUUCUACAGAGCGGUGAUGUAAAAACAAACAAAAUGGCAACCGCACAGAUGUUUGUCUGGAUGAAUGACGAGGUGGAGUUGCUACAGUAAAUCUAAACUUUGCUGGAGAAGCGUUGAUAAAUUCACAGGGUGAGCAGCACAAGCAUGUGCGAAAAGUCUGUGUUUUCAGAGGAACUGCAUAGUGCAAGAUUACAUGACAACGGAGACGGUGCUGUUUUCAAAAGAUUGCACUCUGGAACCUGUUCUCAAAAACGUUGCGUUGUUAGGCACCUAAAACGCCGCUGUCGUGUAAACGAUCAGCCAAAACGCAACUUAAGUUUACAGUUUUCGGUUGAAAUUGUCGUUGUAUAAACGGGACCUUAUUAUCUGUGUCUUACGAGGCCUCUAAAUUAACGGAAGUGCAGUACUAACUCACUGGGGUGCCCCUCCUAAUUUUACAGAAAACAAACUACAUCAAUUUAUAAUUGUCUGUAAAGGAACACUUAAGCCCCCGAUGAUCAGCUGCUACUUUGAAUAUGGGAAGAAAACUGUUUGUCUCGCAUGCCUUCAUGGUGAACGAAAAUCCAUAAACAGAGAAAAUACUUAAUGAAUUGGAGUCACUGGGGCCCAUCUUUAAAAACAGCAAAAUGAUAUCCUCUGUAUUUUGGAUUCUUUGCUCACUGUGGAGGCUGGCGGGAAUGCCAAAGUUUUUUUCCUGAAUUCAACAUUACAUGAGGUGAGUAACUGAUAUACAACAGAUCAUUUGGGGGGUGAGGUAUUCCUUUAAGACAAGUUUUGCUAUCUGAAAUAUCUGAAAGACGAUAAUGACAGCUGAAGCUUCUCAGCAGCAGCCAGGCUCAGCUUUAGUCGACAGGUCUUAAUAAAUGGUUGUCUCUUUGACAGAUACAUCUGAGAGACAGUGUUGGUCUAAAGCGUAAAUUAACCAAGCCUCAAAAGUCAUGAAUCAACCUGAAGAGCUCUAAAAAAUCAUGGCCUUCAUGUCUGCCAUUCUCAUUAUUUAUCUUUUUAGCCUUUUCAUGUUUUGUUGUACAGCACUUUGUAACAUUGGUUUGAAAAGUGCUGUAUGAAUACAUUUUUAAUAACUAUGAUUAUAAACAUGUGCAACUGGAAACAAAUCAUAUUAUAGCAAGUAGUGAAUUACUCAUCUGUUGUGUUUAAUGUUUCUGAAGCAUAGAUGUGCAACAGUUCUGCAUGUGCUUUUUAAAUGCGAGGACGAGUAAGUCGAUUUGUUGUCAGAUAUUAUUCUAAUGUACAAAAAAAAAAAAAAUUACCUUUGACAUGGCUUUCUAUUUGGAAGGCAUCUUUUUUUAUCCAACCUGCUGACUCUUCCGUUUUUUUCAGAAGAGGGUGGCAUUCAGCCUUUUGCAUUAUACAACAUAAAAAGUACUGAGAGAAAUGACUGGACAACAAAAAGAGGCGAGACAGUGAAAACAACAGAACAAUAAAGAGUUUCCAAGCAGGGAUAUGUAGUAUAUGUGCAUAGGAUUUGACUGCCUUACAGUCUGUGCCACAGGGCCCAAAAUAAUGCCAAUACAAAAAAACUUGUACACUUUGUAUAUUAAAUGUCCUUUUUUUGUAGUCAGGUGAUGAAUUAAUAAGCAGUGUGUUGGUUAACUCCGUAUGUUAGUCAGAAUCAUUUAUAUUACAGAUUUCAUGGUUGAUAUAAUUUAUCUUAACCUCUUGCCUUUAAAAAGACAUUUUCUUUCAAGAUAAAUAUCAAAUGAUACAAAGUUAUAUGUUUAUGUUACCAGAAAUGUAUAAAAUAGCUUAAUGUAUAUCUAUUCUUAUAUGUAAAAUGUAUUCAAAUCAAGGGUAGGCCUUCAGGCAUGUUGAACUUGUGGUAAAAACUGAUUCUUAUAUUAUUAACUCUUAAUGCUGCAAUCCAGAAACUACAGUGCUAUGGCGUGACUGCGUUCAUGGGAUGAGAGCUGAAUAAUUUCCCAGCAUAGCGCAUUUCUGUGGAACAAUACGACAAAUUCUUAAAGUAUCUCGCCUAUGUUUGUGUAACCAAAACAGCAGUGGUGCUUUCAACAAUACUGGAUUGCAGUUUUAAGUACUCUUUUGAAAUAUGCGUUUUAUUUAUUUGGCCUGCAUUGCAAUACAGUAUUUUGAAAUGUUAUACUGCACUUCUGUUUUCAUUUUAUGAGAAGUUGCAAUCCAUAAUCUGACAGAUGUUUAUAAAGAUAUAAAAAUCUAUGAUAUGCCCAUGUAUUCUUGAAACUUUUUUUUUUUUUUUUUUUUGUGUUAGCUGCAGUGGUACGGUGUGCUACCUCUGAAAUCUUCAUACCACAACCUGAGAGGAUACUUUAUUCCAUGUGGCUAGAAAAAAACCUCCAUUUAUUUAAGAGACAAUGCUAACAAAGAGUUAUAAUUUUCUUUCCUGGUUGCUCGUUCAUUGCUAUUUUAGGAUUUCCUAUAUAUAACUUUUGCCAUCACAGUUUGUCCUGUUUACUAUUGUAUUUAAGUGCCGUUACCAUUAUAACCAUACAAAUCUCCUUUUAAUUACAGGAUGAGAUGUUCCAGGUAUUUGUCAGACUCUCAGGUGUUAUAAGGAACACAGAGAUAUUGCUAGUAAGAACUUUUGAUACCUUCAAUGCCAAAUGCACAAAAAUAUUGAGACACAAUCUUUGGCAAGUGACCAUUUAAGCUAAAUACAAUUCAAAAAGAACUUGAAAAGAUGGGUCCAUGCUAAGGCAACUACUCUGCUUUUAUUUUGGUUGGUUCCCUGCCCACAUCUCAUCCAUAGAAAUAGUGUCAUUCACGCCUUCUCUUGCAUUAGUUGUUACAUAAAAAGGGAACAAGAGUUUGGUUUCUUGGCCCAAAUGAAAAAUGUGACAAAUAUGACAAAUGCUCCAGCGUAACAAAUCUUGGCGAGAAAUAUUAUGGAAGUUACUGUUGAAGACAUGCUUUAUGUUUACAGAAUCCUGAGAUUUUAGAAGAUGUAUGAGUCCUUAUUGACCCAGGGGAGAACAGCAGUCGCUUUACUGCAGCUAAAGCGGGACCUAAUAAAUGAAAUGAAAUAUCUUGUGUAUUUUGAAUAAGGGUAUUUAACAUCUAUCAACAUAUUUAUGUUUCUAAAAUGGAUGUAUAUCAUUAUGGAAUGAAACAAAGUAUUUUUCUUGGCAGCUAUUAUUCUGCACAAUUGAUCUACUGUGUCACAAAUAUAUAUAGUUGGUGGGAUUUCUGACUUGAAUCGGGCCUACUGGAUGUAUUACCUUAAUUUACUUGACAUUUCUUUUGAAAUAAGCCAUGCCCCAUGGAUAAGCCAUACCCUCCAGUCCCCUGAUGUUGUAUGGUGGAUGUUUAAUGUUGGUAGUUUUAUUUAUAAUGGUAGUAAUUGUAGGUAUGAUUGCGCUUGUAAUUAUUAUUAUUAGUGUAAGUAUAUUUGAUUGAUAUAAUUUGUUUUGUUUGAACAAAGGGAAUGUAUUCAUUUUUCAGGUGAUUUUUCUGAGUGAUUUAAAUAAACUAAU